ACAUGUGCAGUUUGAUUGGCUAGUUCCUCCCACUCCUCUGGGCUUCAGGCCAGAGCACUAAGGCCAUGGUCUGAAUCUGUAUUCUCUAGCAAACUAUACUGUAACACAGUAGUGUGUUUCCUCGCUGCAGUAGCCUCUUCUUACUGUGAACUCUAACUUCCAAAAUAAGCCUUGAGCUAUCCAGAAAUGGACAAGACUUCAGAAUAAGGAUCCCAAGGCAUUCUGUUCCAAAAUGCAGCAAGAGGCUUUCAUUGUGAUCCAUGAAUGGUUGAAGCAGCUGUGGCCUGAGGCUGAAAUUGAUCUUCUUCAUAUUGUGUUAGCCCUGAUCUGUGGCUCAGCUGCAGCUUUCUUGGCACUCAAAUGGGUGAGCCAGAAAACUAUCAAAAAACAAAUACAGGAGGCACGGAAAAAGAGGGAUCUUGGCUUGGAAAAAAUGGAAAAAGCUGUUCAGAAGUUUAAAAAGCAGAAUCCGAGUGUACAAGCUGCUCAUAUCCUUUCUUUACCUCUGGUUAAGUUGACUGAGAAGCUGAGGGAAGAGUCCCUAUCUCCAGAAACUGUCCUUUAUGCCUACAUGGAGAAGGCUUUAACAGUAAACCAAGAGGUAAACUGUGUGCGGCAUUUUAUUCCGGAAUGCGAGCAGCACCUUCAGGAACUAAAAAGGCAGACUGAAAAGGGCUUACUAUAUGGUAUACCUGUCAGCAUCAAGGACCACAUUGGCUACAAGGGCCACUUAUUAACAUGUGGCUUUGUUGCUUCACUUGAUAUUCUAGAAGAAGAGGACAGUGUGUUAGUCAAGGUGUUGAAGAGACAGGGAGCAAAUCCAUUUGUAAUAACCAAUGUUCCCCAAUCCUUAAUGACCUAUGGCUGUAGCAACUCAAUUUUUGGCCAGACAGUGAACCCUUUCAACCACAGGAAAGGUCCCGGUGGCUCCUCUGGAGGGGAAGGUGCUCUGAUUGCAGGAGGAGGGUCCAUCCUAGGUUUUGGGACUGAUGUGGGUGGAAGUGUCCGCUUGCCAUCCAGCUUCUGUGGUCUUUGUGGUCUGAAGCCAACAGGAGACAGGUUGAGCACUUUAGGAAUAAAAGGUCCUGUCGAUGGAAUACUAUCGGUUACAUUAUCAUUGGGACCAAUGGCGAGGGAUGUGGACAGCCUGGUUCUGUGCAUGAAGGCUCUCUUAUGCGAUUACAUGUUCCAGCUGGACCCCUUCGUGCCCCCUAUGCGGUUCAAUGAAGAGGUAUACUCUAGCACUGCUCCACUCCGGAUUGGGUAUUAUGAUACUGAUGGUUAUUUCUUGCUCCCUCCCUGCAUGAGGCGUGCUGUGCAUGAAACUAGGAAGCUUCUCCAAGGAGCUGGUCAUACGCUAAUUCCCUUCACUCCACCAUCAGUGGCGUAUGCCAUGGAUGAACUUUUUAUCAAAGGCCUUUUUGCUGAUGGAGGCUCAACUCUAUUGACCAUGUUUGGAAAAGACAUAGUAGAUCCAAGCCUUAAACCCCAGGUGAAUUCCCUUAGAAUCCCAAAUUUGGUAAAGAAAGUUAUGGCCAAAAUCAUUAAACCAUGGUUUCCGCGAUUCGCCAACCAUCUGGAUGCAUUGUGUGGAGUGAGAUCUGUACAGUCCCUGUGGGAGCAGCAUGACAAAGUGAAGGUUUAUCGUCAGAAGUUUAUUGAUGAAUGGAGGAAGUGUAAGUUAGAUGUUGUCCUAUGUCCAGUUCUGGGUCCUGCCUUCACUCUUAGAUACCCUGGAAAGCUACUGGCUGCUGUCUCAUCUACCAUGUUAUACAAUGUCUUGAACUUUCCUGCUGGAGUUGUGCCAGUCACCACAGUGUCAGAGGAUGAUGAAGAAGAGUUGCAGCAGUAUCAAGGACAGUAUGGUGAUCCCUGGGACAAGAAACUGAAAAAGGCUGUGGAAGGUGCAGUGGGGCUUCCUGUGGCUGUGCAGUGUGUGGCUUUACCAUGGCAGGAGGAAUUAUGCCUUCGAUUCAUGAAAGAGGUAGAGACGCUGUCCUGUGAGAGGAGAGGGAAGAAGGCCGUAUGAAUUUGGCAUAGGAGGCAAUUUGUCUUGAAUGGAUACAGUUGUACAGUAUGAAUUGUCAUUCAAUGUUGUUUUGAAAAAAACACAAAAGAAAAGCAUUCCUUUGGCUCCUGCAUGCUUUGUGCUUUUCCCUACUCUUAUUGAAACAUUUGCUUUUUACAGCUCACCAGCCAGCAUGUUAACACUUUUGUACAUCAGCUGGUUCUCAAAAAAGUGAUAAAUGCCACACCACAUCAAUAAGAGGCAAUGUUUGUUCCCCUAUCAAUCUUUUUUUCUAUCAGUAAGGAGGGAUCGCACAACCCACCCUCACAGUCUUAAAUGAAUCAGUUAACAGAAGCUCAUCCUAUCCAAAGCUAGCAACACAAUCCCUUUGAGAACACCAUCCUUUCUAAUCACUAUCAAAUCCAUUUUAUCUGAAUUUAGCUCUAGCUUGUUUUCCCAGGCAUUGGCCGACACCAAAGACUGCCACUUCUGGUGGUUUGGAUAAUGAAAUUAUAUAAUUGGAUGUCAUUAUAUUGAUGACACUGGUACCCUACAUUUGAGAUGAUUUCAUUUAGCAACCUGCCCAAUACUGAAAGUUAUCAGCAAGAAAAUGGAGCCUUGUGAAACACUGCAAAAUAGAACUCACAACUGAGGAUUCUUUAUGCUCAGUGAUGACUCUUUGUCUGUGUCCUGACAGAAAUGACUGAAGCCAUUCAGGACAGUUACCCUGACAUUCCCACUCGAAAAAAAACAAUGUAACAGAGCUGAGUGGUCUACAGUCUCAAGGCUGAUGCUGGAUCAAGAAAGACCAAACAGGCAUUUCCUUUGUCUGUCUGCAAGUGGAAAUGGUCCACUACGGCAGCAAAUGUCUCUCUGUUUUUUAAAAAAAGGCCUGAAGCUUGACUGAAAAGGAGUCAAGGGCAGGCAUGUCAGGAAUCCUGCCACAACAUGCUCCAUCACUUUCAUUGAAAAUCUCCUCUGCCUAGAGAAGACUUUUUCCAUAAAGGCCACAUCUAAACUAGAGUCUAAAGACACAUCUAAACUAGAGUGAACAUUCAUAAGAGAAAGAAAGCCAUUAGUAACUCUCCCAUGGAAAUCCAAGAGACACAAAUGUGCUUAGCUUGGCUUGGGUUCUAUUGUAUUGUCCUAUGGCCACUUUAAUUCAAUACAGCUUGGAUCCUGCCAGAGGGAGGAGGGCUCUUCUGGGCCCUGAAAGAACUCUGCUGGUGAGCAGGUGACCUGUGUGUGCAAAAGCCAGGCUAGAUGGGUCUGCAGUUAGGAGGGGGAAUUGGACAAGAAUGUACCUCCUUCCUCUUGCAACUGCAGAAAAACUAGAAGGAUCCAACUCUACAGGCUGUUGUCCCUCCUGAAAAUUAAUGUGAAAAUCAGAAACUUGACUAAACGCAGCUCCUUACACUGUAAUCAUAUCUUUGCUGACCUUAAAAAUGAAUGUCUGCCAUUCAUGGGCCUCAAGACAGCAUCCAUAGAUUCCAGGAAACCUUCCCAUCCAAACACUGGCUAGACCUAGACAUGCUUAGUUUCCACUAAGUUGCUGUAUCAUGUGCCUUCCAAUCAUGCGCUGGGAUCCUAACAGUAUGUAACU